UCACCAGCCUGCCCAGUGACGGCCUGACAUUCUGUUCCAUGACGUCAUCCUGCCUGACUGAUGACGUCACUCCGCCCGCCUUGUGGCAUCACCUUCACUGGUCCCGUGAUGCCACUCUGCCUGUCUACGACCUUGGCCAGCCAGCCUCUCUCCUGCCCAGCGGCUGGUGUUCCACGUCCACCGUGUCAGGGGCCUCGUGCAGGUGCUGCAGCCGGCGGGGGUCAGAUUCGCAGGCCGCGCGGAGGCCCGAGGGCCCGGCUGGGUCCGCGGAGAGCAGAGGCGCGCGGGCCGAGGCUCGCCGGCUCCUCGGGGGCGCCUCACCCGGUCCCCCUCGCGAAUUUUCCUUUCAGAUUUCCCGCGGCCCCCGCUCGCCCUGAAGGUGAGCCUCGCGCCUCCGCCCUCCCGGAGAGGUCCCCUCCCGGCGCACCGCUCGGAACGGGGGAGCGGGCGCGGCGACUUUCCCGCCUCGGCCCGGCGUGGCCAGAGGCGGGCGCGGGCGGGGUGCCCCAGUUCGCCUUUGUCGCCCGCGGGGUCGGUGGGCCGGGAGCGGACGCGUGACUGACAGCCGGCGGGGGCUGCGGCCGGGGGCGGGCUGCCCGGCGCCGGCGGCUCAUUGGCUGGCGCGAGUGUGGGAAAGAACGCGGAGCCGGAUUCACACGCCCCGCGGCGGCGCUUCCUUAAAUAGCCAGGCGGCGGGCUACGCGCGCUCGGUCCCGGAGCCUGGAACCCGCGGGAGAAGGGCUCCGGAAGCCGUGCGUCCGGCCCGCCCUCGGCCCCGGGCGGCGCGGGGGGCGCACCAUGCCUGCCGACACCCCGGGGAAGCUGAGGGCCUCGCCGCGGGCGGGAGCGCCGGCCGGUGCCCGCCGGACCCCGGACCAGCCCCGGAGCGCGGCCGAGCACCGGAAGGUGGGGACCCGGCCGGACGCGGUUGGCAGGAGCGGGGGGGAGAGGGGAGCUGACGCCCGCGGGACUCAGCCGCUGCCGGCCCCGCAGUCCUCCAAGCCCGUCAUGGAGAAGCGGCGCCGCGCGCGCAUCAACGAGAGCCUCGCUCAGCUCCGGAGCCUCCUCCUGGACGCCCUCAGGAAAGAGAGCUCCCGCCGCUCGAAGCUGGAGAAGGCGGACAUCCUGGAGCUGACCGUGAAGCACCUGCAGAGCCUGCGGCGCGUGCAGGUGACAGCCGCCCUCCGCGCCGACCCGGCAGUCCUGGGCAAGUACCGCGCCGGCUUCCACGAGUGUCUGGCCGAGGUGAAUCGCUUCCUGGCCGGCUGCGAGGGCGUCCCGGCCGACGUGCGGUCCCGCCUGCUCGGCCAUCUGGCGACCUGCCUGGCCCGGCUGGGGCCCUCGCGCCGCCCGCUUCCACCGGCCCCCGCCGCCGAAGUUCUGGCGCCCGCGGUGUACGCGGGCCGCCCGCCACCGCCGGCCUUCGACGGCCCCUGCCCCUUGCCGCGCUCCGGGGCGGUCUUGGCGCCGCCCUUCCUGCCGGGCCGGACGGGGGCGCCCCUCGCCGCCCCCGGGGCCGCGGCUCAGGGCCGGGGCGCACCCUGGAGGCCGUGGCUGCGGUGAGGUCGCGGCCUCAGAACCCGCUGAGACUGUGCCAGAAAAUAUUUAUUUCCAGAGAC